GGGGCGGAGCCAACCACAGAGGAGACUCAAAAGCUGGUUUUCAACAACCUUCAGUCAGAAGGCAGCAGCUUUCAUCCAGCUCUUCUUCUACUGAUCCGUACUUUUCUGGAGGAAAGAUGUCGGGCUCCUUCAGGCGUUUGAUCUCGGGCCGCAGCACGGCCGUGCUGCUGGCUAGCCUGGGCGCGGGCACCAUGGCCACCGGCGUCCUGCUGAACGAGAAUGGCUCCCUGGCUGCCGAGGCCAAGAAGAAGCUCUACCCUCCCAGCUCAGACUUCCCCGACCUGAGGAAACACAACAACUGCAUGGCCACCGCUCUGACUCCGGCUGUUUACGCCAAACUGAGGGACAAGCUGACUCCCAACAACUGGACCCUUGACCAGUGCAUCCAGACAGGGGUGGACAACCCGGGUCACCCCUUCAUUAAGACGGUGGGCUGCGUCGCUGGUGACGAGGAAAGCUACGAGGUAACGCAACUCACUAGCAACAACAGAGUCCCACACAUGAGCAGGGACCACUUCCUGUUUGACAAGCCCGUCUCCCCUCUGUUGACGUGCGCCUUCAUGGCCAGAGACUGGCCAGACGCCAGGGGGAUCUGGCACAACAAUGAGAAGACCUUCCUGAUCUGGAUCAACGAGGAAGACCACACCAGAGUCAUCUCCAUGGAGAAGGGCGGCAACAUGAAGAGAGUGUUCGAGAGAUUCUGCAGCGGCCUCAAACAGGUUGAGCAUCUAAUCCAGGAGAGAGGCUGGGAGUUCAUGUGGAACGAGCGUCUGGGAUACAUCCUCACAUGCCCGUCCAACCUGGGCACUGGCCUGCGGGCCGGGGUUCAUGUCCGCCUGCCAAACCUCAGCAAGGACCCGCGUUUCUCCAAAAUCCUGGACAACCUGCGGCUGCAGAAGCGAGGCACGGGCGGGGUCGACACGGCGGCUACUGGAGACACCUUCGACAUUUCCAACCUGGACCGUCUGGGCAAAUCCGAGGUGGAGCUGGUUCAGCUGGUGGUCAACGGGGUCAACUACCUGAUCGAGUGCGAGAAGCAGCUGGAAAAGGGCCAGGACAUCCAGGUGCCCGCUCCGCUGGUUAUGUUCAAGAAGUGAGAGCCGAACAUGUGAAGGAGAACCUUGGCACCACCACUAGAGGCUGAUGUCUCAAAGAUUGUACGUCUUCAGGGUAAAAAUAAAACAAAAGAUCUUCGACAUGACCUGCAGAAAAGUCUACCUCAAGUUAAGGAUUACCCUGACUUUAAUAAAAAAAAAUUAAAACAAC